AUGGCUUUACAACCAAAAUUUUACGCUUCCCAUGCCACUCCACAAAUUGAUUUGUCAACUGUGUCAAAUGGUAUUCCACCAAAUACAAUUGAAGUUUAUUUAGAUUAUGUUUGUCCAUUUAGUGGUAAACUUUAUAAGAAUUGGUAUGAUAAUCUUUUCCCAUUAUUAGAAUCAAAAUAUAAAGGUAAAGUUCAAUUUGUCUUUAGAAACUAUGUUCAAGUUUGGCAUCCAACUUCAAAUUUAGUUCAUGAAGCUUCUUUAGCUUUUGCUUCACUAGAUCCUUCAAACUUUUUAAAAUUUAGUUAUAUUUUAUUUGAACAUAUUCAAGAUUUUUAUGAUACUGAAACUGCUGAUUUAUCAAGAAAUCAAAUUUAUGAAAAAGUUUAUGAUUUAGUUAUUCAACCAAAUUUUCCAUCAAUUGACAAGAAGAAAUUUUUAGAAUUAUUACAAAUUAAAAAAUCUGAUAAACCAAGCAAUGGGGGUAAUUCAACUCAAAAUGAUUUAAAAUAUUUUACUAAAGUUGGUAGAGGUAAUGGUGUUCAUGUUACCCCAACAGUAUUGAUCAAUGGUUUCAAAGAUGGUAGCUUUGAAUCUUCAACUCCAAUUGAAGAAGUUGAAAAGAAGAUUCAAGCUUUGUUAUGA